AUGACUGUCCUCUUCCAGGACAAGAUCAUCUACAUGCCUUACAUGCCGCCUUUUGCCAGGUCCGAGAAGAUGGAGGACUAUACAACUGUCUGCAAACCAGUGGAGUGGGAACACAGACACAUCAAGUCACUGGAUGGGACGAGAAUCGCCUUGUGCGUUGGGCAGAUACCAGAUUCUGAUCGCCAGGCUAGAGCUGUUAUGCCGAAGAAACAUGUCGUGAUAUGCUACUUCCAAGGCAACGGCAGUUCUUUGCCACCAAGACUCCCACUACUGAGCAACGUCCUGAAGGCUAUUCAUGCUCGGCAAGCCGUCCCCGAGCAAGACACUCGGUACUCAUUAGUCGCGCUCUCCUAUCGCGGGUACUGGAAGUCAUCCGGCCGAGCUUCGCAGCGUGGCAUCGAACUCGACGCACAGGCUCUCCUGAAUUGGAUAUCGACCACUUUCAGCAAGCCGUCAUCUAACCUUGAAUUGGUCCUGUGGGGUCAGAGCAUUGGAGCUGGUGUUGCGGCUACAGCAGCAGCCACAUAUCUGAAGGAUCAAGCCCCGGAAGACCCUCCUGUCACCGGUCUGGUGCUAGAAACACCCUUUUCCGGGAUUAAGAGCAUGCUAAUCGCGCUCUAUCCGCAGAAAUGGCUCCCUUAUCGCUACCUAUGGCCAUUCUUGUGGAAUCACUGGGACAAUAUUGCAGCUCUCCAGACAAUUGCUACCUGCCGUCGAAAGCCACAAGUCCUCAUCCUUCCAGCCACUCGAGAUGAAGUUGUUCCUCCAGGCGAAGCAGACAAGGUUGAGCGACUGAGCCAUGAGAUAGGUUUGCCAACACAGCGAAAAGACGUAAUUGGGGCUUUGCAUACGGAAGCAACGACUAGAAGGGAAGGUCAAGAUGCCGUUGCUAGGUUCGUGCUUGAUGUGAGCAAGGGAAAACAUGUUCGAUAA